UGGGAUUAUUUAGUUUGAUUUAAUUUUUCAUCACGUCGUGUCGUGUAAAAACCCAAAUACUAUGUUGAAAUUGUGUUUACGAACGGCCAUUGACCCUUAAAACAAGUUUUCCAGUUUAUGUCGAUUUAGUUUGAGGUAUGUUAGUCGGAUGUUUUAGUAGGUAUUAAGAGAAAUAACUUGAAAUAUGUGUAAACCAAUGGAUUAAAUCUUCAUAGAAUUAAGGUAUCAACUUGAGAUUUAAUUUUCUUUAACGAACGUCAACCAUGAAGUGAAAACUAUUUCAAUUGAUAAUGAAUAAUUCUACAGAAAUAAUUUUAACAGAACUUCCAAAUGAUUCCUCUACCACGGAAAAUAAAAAUGACGCUCGUUAUCUUUCAGAUAAUAAAAGACAAUUUUUAAUAUCUGUCUCUACAUUAUCGAUAGUUUCUGGAUAUUUUGCUUGGGCUACUUAUUACUACUUAAAUUAUACAGUUUUCGGUUGGAACGAAUUCAUAUCAACAACAUGCACUGGUUAUGGUUUACUCGUAAUACUGUAUUGCUUUUUUAUUUAUGGUUACCUGAACGUUUAUUUCGUGAGACCAUUGUUCUAUCCAAUUUUUAAAAACUCCAUAAAUCUGUUUAAAUGUAAAUUGAAUAACGCCGUUAAUAAAAGUACUGGAUUGCAAAUAAUAAGAAGGUUUUCCGAUAAGAUAUUUUACUUAUCUACAUUUUCGGCAAUCGCUAUAUAUUUAGCAAUCGAUACUAAAGACAACAGAAAUAGAUUGAUUUCAAUAUCCGGACUAAUUAUUUUCUUAUUUAUCGGAUAUAUAUUUUCCAAUAACAGAUCUAAGAUAAACUGGAAAACUGUUAUCUGGGGAAUAAUACUACAAUUUACAUUCGGUUUAAUAACUAUAAGGUGGGAAUUAGGAAGAAAUAUUUUGGAAUGCAUAGGAGAUAAAGUCAAUACUCUUCUUAAUUAUGCUUUCUCUGCAUCUGAAUUUCCUUUUGGCGUGGAGCUUGUUAGGAAUCAACAAGUUUUUGCAUUUAGAGCACUUUCGACUAUAUAUUUUAUUAGUUUUUUGGUAAAUAUUUUGUAUUAUUAUGGUAUAAUGCAAAAAGUCGUAUUGUCUUUAGGAAACUUACUACAAUUUUUAAUGGAUACGUCGAUUUGCGAAAGUGUAAAUAGUGCUGCUAAUAUAUUUUUAGGCAUGACAGAAGCUCCUCUUCUUCUUUCUCCUUAUUUAAAAAAUCUAACAGACUCCGAAAUCCAUUCUAUUAUGUUAUCAGGCUUUGCUACAGUCGCCGGAUCGGUAAUGGCAGCUUAUAUCAAUUACGGCGCUAGACCUCAAGAUUUGAUAACUGCCAGUAUAAUGUCAGCACCGGCUGCUUUAUGUUAUAGUAAAUUAAUGUAUCCGGAAACGGAAGAGGUUGAAAUGCGCAAAGAAAAUAUAAGAGAAACAAAAAUGGAAUAUACCUCAGUAUUAGAGGCUGCCUCUAAAGGGGUUUCGAAUGCGGUAAAUCUCGUACACGGUAUAAUAGCUGGGCUUAUUGCAUUUUUGGCUGCUGUCUACUUCAUUAAUGGUGUAUUGGGGUGGUUAGGCGAAUUAGUAGGUUUCACUGAGUCGGUGUUAUCAUUGGAAUUAAUAUCCGGGAAAAUAUUUAUCCCAGUGAGUUAUAUAAUGGGUGUACCGUGGUCGGAGUGCGAAUGCGUGGGUACAUUGAUAGGUAUUAAAACCAUGGUGAAUGAAUUCGUUGCUUUCGAACGUAUGCAUACGAUGAUAAACGCGGGGAUGUUAUCGAACAGGACGAAAGUCGUAGCAACUUACGCCAUCUGCGGAUUUUCUAAUCCCGCUUCGAUAGGUAUAAUGACAUCUGCUUUUAGUACUUUGAUUCCUAAUAAAUCUGACGUGAUCACAAGGGUGGUAUUUAGGGCUUGGUUCGGCGGAGCUCUAGUUUGUUUUAUGACCGCUUGUAUAGCUGGAGCACUUAUGCCCGAAGAAGCGAUACUAGAAUCAAUACAAAGUCACUGAUUUAAUUGAUAUAUUAAAAAAUGUGGCUGUGGAAUGGAUAUUAAGGGUGAAAAAUGACGUUUUUAUAAUCCGUAUUUAUUAUUUAUUUUAUAAAAUUUUAUAAAUACAAUAAAUAGUACUUAUUACUA